AUGAACAAGAGUAACAAGGGUGGGGCGAAGGGCACCACCACCAGCGCGAAGAAGAAGCCUACGCAGAACAAUGAGAAGAGUAAGGGUGGGAAAGGUAGCGGUGUCCCCAGCGAAGGGAAUAAAACGACAACCCAGAACGAGAACGAAAAGAGGGAGUGCGCCGAUGUGCAGGCGGUGUACAAGGAAACAGCCAACAAGGCGGCUCCAAACAAAGCGAGCAUCAACAACAAAGCCAACAAGAGCAAUGGAAACGGCGGGAAGACUCCCGCGAAGAAGAGCAAGAAGAAGGUGGACAAGCUAGAUCUCAUUCUGAACGAAUUCAAAAGCCAAGUAAACGAAAAGGAACCCGCUCCAAAUGGCCAAUGCGCAGGAGAAGACGAAGCAGAACAGGUACCGACGGAAGAGAAAAACAAAAUAGACUUUGACGAAUUCGAAAUUGAAGUAAUAAAAAAAAACAUCACCCUGAAAGAACACCUAAUGGAGGAGCAAAAUAAUAGCCACAUAAGAUUACUAAAAAAUUGGCCCCAAGUAGAAAUGAGCAUACAAACGAAUCCGCCAACGGUACCAAUCGAAAUGGUUUACCAAGGGAAGGAUUACCCAAUUGGAGAAAUUCAAAAUUAUAAACAUGUCCUUAGUGGAAAAACACUGCAAGAAAAAAAAGAACUAGAAAAGAUAAGUUUGGAUUAUUAUGAAGAUUUAAGAAAAGCUGCGGAAUGUCAUAGGCAAGUUAGGAAAUACAUACAGGCGUAUGUCCAACCGGGAAGAAAAAUGAUAGACAUAGUAAAGGAGACAGAGAAAAAAACAAAGGAGUUGAUUUUAUCACAUAAGUUAAAUUGUGGUUGGGGGUUUCCAACGGGCUGUUCAUUAAACCAUUGUGCAGCUCAUUACACUCCAAAUUAUGGAGACGAAACGGUUCUAAAAUAUGAUGAUGUAUGUAAGUUGGAUUUCGGAGUACAUGUUAAUGGGUACAUAAUCGACUGUGCUUUUACCAUUGCUUUUAACGAAAAGUACGAUAACCUUAUUAAGGCUACGCAAGAUGGAACCAACACAGGCAUUAGAGAAGCAGGAAUUGACGCCAGAAUGUGUGACAUAGGAGAAGCUAUCCAAGAAGCUAUCGAAUCAUACGAAAUAGAAUUAAACAAAAAAAUUUAUCCUAUAAAAGCCAUUUCAAAUCUCAGAGGGCAUUCCAUUAAUAAGUAUAUUAUUCAUGGGGGGAAAUGUGUUCCCAUUGUAAAACAGAAAGAAGAAAAUGAAAUAAUGGAAGAGGGAGAAUUAUUUGCAAUUGAAACUUUUGCAUCCACUGGAAAGGGCUAUGUUACACAUGGCAAUGAAUGCUCCCAUUACAUGAGAAAUCCAGAUAAACAAUUUGUACCCAUUAGAUUAAAUUCUGCAAAAACACUAUUAAAAGUUAUUAACGAUAAUUUUGAUACCUUGCCAUUUUGUCAUAGAUGGUUGGAUGAUUUAGGACAGAAGAGACAUUUUAUGGCUUUAAAAACCUUGGUUGAUUUAAAUAUCGUGGAACCCUAUCCUCCCUUGUGCGAUGUGAAAAACUCCUUUACAUCUCAAAUGGAGCACACCAUUUUGCUGCGCCCCACAUGUAAGGAGGUUUUAUCUCGAGGGCCAGAUUUCUGA